AGGAACAAUAGUGAAAAAGAUAAAAUAUCAAUAAGCACAAUAAGAAUCAUGAGAUCUGUUACUUUGUUAUUGGUUUCUUGUGUUCUUAUGUCUUUCAUUUUGGGCCAUGUUAAAGAAGUGGAAGCUGAGUUGAAUCCAAUGGACCAAUGCGGCCGGAAGGAUAUAUUUUUGGGAGGAUGCGGCAGCGACGGAAACAAAACAUGCAUAAAUGACUUUGUUAAGAAAGGACGUGGUCAGCCUAGUAGUUGCGAGUGUGAUAACUUCGGCGAAGAACAUUUAUGCCGAUGUAAUUUUCCUUGCUAGUUUUUUAAUUUGUUAUACCUCUACAAAUAAAAUUUAGAAUGAAUAAUAAUAUAACGAGUUUAUUA